GUUUUUAAUAAUGAAGUCCUUAUUAAGAUCUUUGCUAUUGGUAUGGGCUGUAUCAUGUGUGACUGGUGCAUCAAAUUCACUUAUUCAACUCAAUGAAGAUAAUUGGCAUCUUAUGCUGGAGGGAGAAUGGAUGGUUGAGUUCUUUGCAUCAUGGUGUCCAGCAUGCAAAGCACUGCAGCCCAUCUGGAAUGAGUUCUCCGGUUGGAGCAAAGACUUGGGCAUCAAUGUUGCCCAGGUUGAUGUCACCGACUCACCUGGCUUGUCAGGACGCUUCAUGGUCACGGCCCUGCCCACAAUAUUCCAUGUGAAGGACGGAGUGUUCAGGCUGUACCGAGGGCCUCGGGACAAGGAUCAGCUCCUCAGCUUCGUGGAGGACAAGAAGUGGGUCGAGGCUGAGGAAAUUCCCACCUGGAAGAGCCCUGGGUCAUACCAGAUGGGCGUUGUGUCACAGUUCUUCAAAUUGUCAAUGGUUCUGAGGAGCGUACACUCCACGCUGGUCAAGGACUAUGGCCUGCCUGAGUGGGGUUCUUACCUCAUCUUUGCUGUCUGCACCAUCCUUGUGGGAGCUCUCAUAGGGCUGGUAAGAACCUAUGAAACUGUGAGAACCUGUGGAACUGGUGGGAACCUGUGGAACUGGUGAGAACCUGUGGAACUG